ACGAAAUGUAAUCUGUUUGAUUCGUGUUCGUGGAGACGAAUUUUCCUUUUUUUCGUGUCACUCAGCACGGACUUUCGAUCUAAUGUAUUUCAAUAGGAAGCAUCUUUCGUGUCUGCACCACGUUUUUUUCUGCCACUCGGAAGCAUUGUUUUUGCUCAUUUGUUAAUCAUUUUUAAACUUUAAGCACUACAUUACUCAACAUUCAACCAGGAGAUUUUAUCCUUGUUUUUGUUGCUUUGUGCUAUGGUCUACUUUUACUGUGUUGAAGACGUCAGCUAAAACUACAUGAUGACCCACCGCCAAUUCUCUUUUAAUGACAUCCUCAUCUUUCUUUCAACACAUAAACACGAAAGUGUGCUUGAUAAUUCAACAAUACGAUGUCAUGACCAUCCGUAUUAUUUUAUUCUCCUUUUAUUAUAUCCCAGUCUCACGGCAGUUCGUGACAUAGUCACGAACUGUAAUCCAUUGAUUCGUGUUCGUGGACACGUAUUUCCCUUCUUUCAAUCUAAUGUAUUUCAAUAGGAAGCGUCUUUCGAGUCCGCUCCACGGUUUUCUUUCUGCCACUCGGAAGCAUUAGGACAGUAAACUAAAUACUACAGUACCCAUGAGCCUUUUCUACUUUUACUAUGUUGAUGACGUCAGCUAAAACUACCUGUUGACCCACCGCCUAUUCUCUUUUAAUGACAUCCUCAUCUUUCUUUCAACACAUAAACACGAAAGUGUGCUUGAUAAUUCAACAGUACGAUGUCAUGACCAUCCGUUUUAUUUGAUUCUCCUUCUAUUGUGAGGAAGGGGGAUUAGUUGUGGUUAUUGACUGAAUUAAAAUAAAAAUAAAAAAUCAAUUAAAUUAAUUAGUGGACGCCCGCAUUACCCGUGAGCCUCAGCGGAGACGGCUGCUAUGGAGACGGAGCCAACCCGCUUUGCGAUUGGUUGAUUUCUGCAGGCCGCGAAUUCUCCUUCAUUGCGCUCAAAACCACUUCCCAGAAGAUCUGUUGCCAUUGCAAAAAGGAGCAGCCUCUGAAGCAGCGCCUCAAGAAGAGGCUUCAGAGGUUUGAUGACAAGCGAGAGGAAUGGGUGUUUGGUCGUAAGAAGAACCACAACAGUGCAUCCAUCAAGGAUGAAGCCUUAAUCAUGCUUGAGAAACUCCAUGCCAUUGGAUACAAGCCAAUUCUGCUCCUUGGAAAGCAAAACAAAAAAAAAGAAAAUAAGUGUGAAAUAUUAACCCCUCGCUGCACACUCUCCACCCGUGCCCAGGACUACCUUCAGAGGAUAGGCCCAAUAUAUGAAAACAUUUUUGAUGGUUGGACCAAGGAUAUUAAUGAGGAUCAGCUGAUUACGCUGCACCUCACACCCUGUGAACCAUUGGAGAACACAAGCAACCGCGAGGUGGUGAGGACCACGCAGUUGGAGCAGACGGGCACUACAGAGGGGGAGAUGGAGCAAACGGGUACUACAGAGGGGGAAAUGGAGCAGACGGGCACUACAGACGGGGGGAUGGAGCAGACGGGCACUACAGAGGGGGAGAUGGAGCAGAUGAGUACCUCGGAGGGUCAAGAGCUUUAUGCAGCUGUCUUCACAGGGUCAGCCAGGGGCACAGUCACAAGUCCCAAAAAGAAAAAGUCAGGUGGACUAAGACAUAUGCCUGAGAGGAAAAAGCCACAAAAGAAUUGCUCCUAUCACACUCGCCUAGAGACUUUCCCCAUCAGGAGUGUUGUAAGAGAAAGAGUGAGAAAGAUUAGGAAGGAGCUUGUACUGAAAAAUUCAUUAUCAGAUACUGGCAAAGCAGAAAUGUUGGUUGACUGGGAGCCCUGUCCAGUAUGUGGCAAGGAGUGGGCCCAUUCCUGGCAGCCAAAGGAUUCUCUCCAAAUGACUAAAAAUAAAUAAAAUGUACAAUUGUAAUCCA